AUGGCGCCCUCUGAGACCAUCCCCUCGACGACCUCAGACCCCGUCGACCUGACCUCGACGCCGCACUCUCUGGCCCGCGCCGUCUACGCCCGCCGCGCAGAAUACGUCCGCCCCCAUCGGAUCCGUGUCAAGAUCGGAACAUGGAACGUUGCGGCGUGUCCCGGCACCGACAAAGAUCUUGCGAGCUGGUUCGUCGACGGAUAUGGCCUCGACGCGACCCUUUCCAAGCUUGACGUGUCUGACCACGACACGGUCGAAACGAACCCUCUGCCCGCCACCAAAAAAGAAUCGGACGACCAGGACCCUAAUGCCUCCGUGCACCUGGUCGGGGGGGACAAGAUUGGGCUAUACGUCUUGGGCUUGCAGGAGAUCGUCGACCUGAACAUGGCGAGGGACUACAUGACCCGCAUGUCCUCCGACCCGGCGCCCAUGAGAAAGUGGAAAGAAGCGCUCGAGGACGCCAUGCCAGAGGGGUACGAGCUGGUCGCCGCCGAGCAAAUGUCCGGCCUGCUGCUGCUAGCGUAUGCUUCCCCAGAAGUCGCGCCGACUGUCAGCAACGUAAGCACCGUCUCGGUAGGGACGGGUCUGUUUGGAUACCUUGGGAACAAGGGCGCCGUAACGACCCGGAUGCUGCUUGGCGAAACAACCCGCAUGGUCUUUGUCAACUGCCACCUUGCUAGCGGCGCAGAGCAGACGUACUUGGACCGGAGGCUUUGGGACAUUGGCCAGAUCAUGACUCGAACCCAGUUCGACCCCAUCAACCUGGCUGGGGAGAACGACGCCGAGGCGGAGAAGAUUGGCGAUGAGGAUUUUGCGUUCUGGCUGGGCGACUUGAACUUCCGUGUCGACGGCCUUCCCGGAAACGAUAUCCGCCGACUGCUUCUGCUGCAUACCCGCGGAGAAUACGAUCUGGACAAGAAAGGCCGGAAAGUCAUUGCGGGCGAGGAGAUUUUGGUGGUUAAGAGCUCCAAGGGGGUUGACAGCGACGAUGACACGUCUACUGUUGACACUAGUCUGUCGUCGCCUAGCUUCGAUGAUUCGGCAAGCUCCUUGCCAGACCCCGACGACUUUCUGCCAGAUCCCGGUGAAGACCCUGCCUCGUUACAGGCAACUCUAGACUCCCUCUUACCCCAUGACCAGCUGCGGAGGGUGAUCAAGGAGAAGAAAGCCUUCCAUGACGGGUGGCGAGAAGGCCCAAUCACCUUCCUGCCAUCGUACAAGUACGACGUCGGUACUGUCAGUCUCUUUGACUCGAGCGAGAAACAAAGAGCCCCGAGUUGGUGCGAUCGCAUCUUGUACAGAACAAGGAAGGACAGGGAGGAACACGAGCAAAAGGUGAGGGACGCGGAGGAGGCAAAGAAGAAGGACGAGGAAAUGACCGCGCGGGGUAUUGACCACGCAACGGACGACGACGACGUCCUCUUCAGCUACGAUCCCGAUGCGGACGGCGAAGAGCUCCCAACUGGCGAGGCCGGGCUUGAUUACGACGAAUACGAAGAAGACAACAACGAGCCGGAGGAAGUCGUCACGAAGGAAGGCUUCACAGACAGGAUACAGCUCGACAUUUAUACCUCUCACCAACGGAUCGUAUCGUCAGACCAUAAACCCAUCAUCUCCAUCUUUACGCUCGACUACGAUGCGGUUGUACCUGACCUAAAGGCCAAGGUUCAUGCCGAAGUCGCAAAGGAGCUUGAUCGGGCCGAGAACGAGGGACGGCCGCUGAUCACGCUUAUUCUCGACAACCAGAAUACGCAAGUAGAGGAAGAACAUGAGUCCAUGGGCCUCGGCGAGGCUGUCGAUUUUGGCGAAAUUGGCUUCCGCAGCAGACACACUGCGAGCCUGACAAUAGCGAAUACCGGCCGAGUGCCGGCCAAGUUCGCUUUCGUCGAGAAGCCCACGAUUGAGGAAGACUCGGAUACUUCCAGCCCACCGGCUUGGUUAAGCUCAUCGUUCAAGCGGACAAGCAGCGAAGAGAACGGUGAAGAGUCGCCAGAUCUUGGCAGUGAGGUGACGUUGGAGCCGGGCGAGACGGUCAGCGGCGUUCUUGAGGUCUACGUCAGCGACAUAACUCACGCACGAGCUCUCAAUGAUGGCCAUGCGUCACUGGAAGACAUCCUAGUGCUUCGGGUAGAAGACGGCAGAGAUCACUUCAUCCCCGUCCGCGCAUCCUGGCUCCCGACAUGUUUCGGCCGCUCGAUUGACGAGCUCAUCCGCGUCCCUGACGGAGGCAUCCGGGCUUUCCUCCAGUCUAGAGCGGACAAGGGGUCCAGUUCCAUUCCGUACGACCUCGACGUCCACUGCGCCGCCCCGAAAGAGCUGUUCAAACUCACAGAGGCCGUCGAGGUCAUGACGGCUCGCGCCAUCGCUGAUGCGAAUAUGAUCGAGGAGCAUAUCAUUCCUGUCGACAAGCCUGGUUGGCCAUUCGACGAGACGGCGUGGCUUUUCAAAGACCAAGAGUCUAGGGACAGCCAGAUAGUUGCCCUGAUUGAGGCGCUCGACAACGACAAACCUCUCAUCGAUGCCCUCCCUGUCGAAGUGCCGUCUCUCUAUCGACUCGAAGUCCUUGCCGAGGUCCUGCUCCUCUUCCUGAGCGGCCUCACCGACGGCAUCAUCACGGCUGCCCUCUGGGCUAAGAUCGAGCUCGCGAUUCCAAGCCUCGGCAGCGCCGCCACGCGCUCGUGCUCCGAGGUCGAAGAUGACAAGACCUCAGUCCUAGACAUCCUCGCCAUGGCGCCGAACCACAACAUUGCCUUUGUAUUCCUCACAGCGACGCUGUCCAAGGUUGUCGCCGAGCUAGCGCCCAUCUCGAGGUCCGAGGCCGAGGCGCUCACAAUGCCGAGGCCUAAUCGCCGGAGUCUGAGUUUCAGACGGCCGACGGGCGGCAGCGCGGCUGCGGAAGCGGCGCUAGCGAGGAGGCGGACGAGGGAGAGGAGGGUAGGCGAGGUCUUUGGCAAGGCGGUUUGUCGUGUGGGCUUGCCGGCGAGGGAUAAGGAGAGGAAGGCGAUCGAGGAGAAGAUGAGGGGCGCAUUGGAGAUUUUCGUGAGGAGGCCGUUGGAGGACGGAUGA